AUGAAGCAAAAACCGAGUGCCGGCGGUUUAAAUGUCCGAGAGGCAAACCUUCCACCCCCGCGCCCUGGAUCUCUUCGUGAUAUGCGACCCGGGAAACGACUUGACUCGAAUACUUUGAGUGACCGACAACAGACACAAGCGCAGGUACAAGACCGAACUCGAAAAUCCAAGCCUAAUUUCAAACACAUGAAAAUGGCACAGUCCCUGUCUCCGGUUUCAUGGACCCAAAGAACAAAUGUUGGAUCAACUAUCGAGCCUUGGAGCUCAUUUGAUGACUUCGAAUUACUAGAUUGCGUCAAAGAGGCCAUUUCUAAAGAGGCUUUAGGCGAUUUGGCGACUAUCCAACCCACUGCCGUUCAGAGACUUGUCAUUCCGGCUUUGACAGGCAUGGGUCUAAAGGCUAGGCAAAAGGCCGUAUCCCAAAGUCGAUUUGAAUCGUUCCUCAUUGCAGCGGAGACUGGCUCAGGGAAGACUUUAUCAUACAUUAUUCCUGUAAUGGAUUUCCUGAAGCGUGAGGAGAUUUUGAAGAAGAAGGAAGAGGAGGGGGAGGAGGGGGGAAAGCUGCUUCAAGAGCAACAGAAAAAACCAGAUGCAUUAUUCGAACUUGAAGGGCCAAUCGUGGAAAAUAGAGAAAACAACGGCAAACCCCGAAUUGUCAUACUUGUUCCCACGUCAGAAUUGGUUAAUCAAGUUGGUGCGGUUAUCAAAUCUAUGUCACAUGUCGUCAAAUUACGUUCCGCUCUGAUAUCUCGAGAUUUCUCUGGUGUUGUCAUUCGAAGACGACUAUUCUCGGGACCGGUUGAUAUUCUCGUUUCUACUCCACACCUUCUAUCCAGUCUAGCUGAAGACGACCCUAGAAUUCUAUCGAAAUGCAGUCAUAUUAUCGUCGAUGAGGCAGAUUCUCUCUAUGAUCGUACAUUUUCUCCUUUGACUUCGGCAAUUAUAACAAGAGCCGAGAAUCUAAAACGUCUUGUUCUUUGUUCCGCAACUAUCCCGAAGUCUCUCGAUCGAAGCCUUCGCAAACUCUAUCCCGAAAUGACACGACUUGUUACUCCGCAUCUCCAUGCAAUUCCUCGACGUGUUCAGCUAUCUAUUGUGGAUGCCGAUGCCGAGCCGUACAAAGGCAAUAAACCCCUUGCAUGUGCAGAUACACUUCACAAAAUCUCCAAGGACGAAAGUGAAGUGGGAUUCAUAAAGAAGGUCAUUGUAUUUGUCAAUGAACGGGAAUCGACAGGAACAUUGACGUCUUAUCUCCAAUCGAAGGGAUUUGAUGCCAUUAGUUUAGAGAGGGAUACAUCAAACCGCAAAGAAGCUUCGGUUCUAGAAUACUUUACGGGCCCUAAAACAGCUGUUGGUCCCGAGGUUCAAGCGAAAGACAGGAUGUCAGUGCUCGUAACUACGGAUAUUUCAAGCAGAGGAGUAGAUACAAAGACGGUAAAGAACGUUGUUCUUUACGAUGUUCCAUUCAGCACAAUAGACUUCAUUCAUCGGCUAGGAAGAACUGGAAGGAUGGGUCGGAGAGGACAAGCUGUUAUUUUGGUGGAUAAAAACACCAAUAAAGCUUGGGUCAAAGAUAUCAAAAAGUCUAUGUUCUUAGGGGGACCGCUGGUGUAG